AUGCUGGGAAAAUUCAUCUCCGAAACGUACAACAAAGUGAAGAACAAAGCCGAUGAAGUGAGAUUACACGUAAGCGUUCAGGCAAUAAAGGCGAAGGAAGUUUUCGGACUGGUCAAACCAACAACUGUGGAGCAACUGGAGGUUUUACUAAACUAUGAGCUGCAGCAAAUAGACACAGCGGAAGCCUUAAUAGGAACAUAUAAAAAAUGGAUAUACAAUUUAUCUCAAUCAGAAAAAAGUGACUGUAUAAGGUACUACAAAACUGUUAAUCAGGGCAACGAAAAGAGGGAGUCGGGAACCUUGACCAUUCGCCCCUUCACCAAAAGCAACGAAGAACAAAAGGAUAAGACCUUCCAAGUGAAAAGAAGAAGCGAAAUUACCCUAUCAAAUAGCAACAUCACUAGUGCGUGUAACAGUGACAUUAUCGAUGCGUAUGACUCCUACUGCAAUAGCGAGGAUGAACCUGCAAAAAGGGAGACAAAUCUGGAUAUACAAGAUCAAAAUGGUGAAGGAAUAGCAACUCCAGCUAAGUUAAACGAUAUCAUUGAUGCGGAGCCGAAGCGCCACGUAAAGGUAGACAGCCAGGAGAGUCUGCCAAGUGUUGAAAGCAACACAGUACACGGAACGAUCAGCACGGACAAGAAUAAAACCAACUCGACAAGCAAAUACGAACCCAGCCAGAACACAAACAAAGAACCCCUAGGUAGCUACAUCUAUGAUGAUCACUACGGAUACAAUUUUAAGGAAUUUUUUUUAAAAAGUAACAUACUGGAAAAAUCUAUAAGCCUUAUUUUAGAAAAAAGAGAAAUUAGAUUAUCGCUAGUUGGACCCAUAGAAAAAGACGACCUAGAAAAUCCAAGAACCACCAUUCUCACCAUGUUCAGUCACUGCCUAAUUGGAAAUCAAAAGCUCCAUAAAGAUAUACUCUUCAUUAUAUUAACAACGGAUAAGCUAUUUGACAGUCACAAAGAAUUAUUUUUAGAACUACUAGCUGUUCUCAAGUAUGACUACUUAGAUGUGUACUUGAUGAACAUCAGGAAAAUCGUAUCAGCUGAGGUUCUUUCCCUAAAGAGUAAAAUCCAGCUGUACGACUCGAAACUCAUCAACAUUAGUAAGCUUUCCUCCUUGGACAUCAUCAGCCCGAGGACAAGCAUCUCCUCCAUCGACUUGGACAAGGAGGAGGGGCACUCCCAGAAGUAUACGUCUCACCACACGGAGAAGUCACACCUCCAGGUUCCACCCCCCGCAUUCAAUUUCGAAAGUUUGGACAGCCAACCGCUUUACGAAGAAGAACACAGCUCUGCUGCGCAGUUGCCUGACGAGCCACACUCACUCGGGACAGCAAACAGAGAAGAUUCAGCUGACCAACCGAAUGCUGAAAAUACAUUCGAAACGGAAGCCGCAUGGGAAAAUGACACCCCCCGAAGGGAGCUCUACAAAGAAGACUGCAGAACGGAGUCCCCUGCAGACGAAAAAGAAAUUAUAGAAUCGAACAAAAUGCAGCAGAUAAAAAUAUUGGCUUCAGCUAAACUUAUAGAAUUACACAAAAUGUUACAAAGGAUCCUCCAAGUAGCCACAGAAAAUAGACAAAAGAGGAAGGUAGAAAUCAAAAUAAAGUUAGAAGAGCUGAAAAAAAUCAUGGAGGUCUGCAAAAAGGAUUGCGAAAUAACGCUGCACGACACGGAAGAUUCAAAAGUACACCUAGAAAAUGUAUACGUAAAGGAGCUAGACUUAAGAACGAACAGUAUCAACCAGACACAAGAAAAAGUAGAUCAAAUGAAGAGAGACAUAGAAGAGCUAUUAAAAAAGAAAAAGAACCUAUUCAAUGAGUAUCAACUUAUAUGCAAUGAAAUAAACAUAAUGAAUAAAAAAUUAUCCACAAUCUUGUCCAGCUUGACGAAUUACAAAAAGGAAUUAAAUCAAGCCGAAGUGGAAUAUUUAAACAAACUCUCAAACACAAAUAAAGCCAAGCAUAUGCACCAGGAGAGAAAAUUAUAUAUAUCCAAUUUGGACAACAUCUCGGAUGAAAUUUUAAGAGAGUAUGCAAAUUCGACCUACAUAAGUACAGAUGAGUUAGUGUCCAAAACGAUGAAAAUGAAGAAGCCGAUAAAUAAAGUUAUUACUAACCAUUUAACUUACCUGAAAGAUAAACUUUGCUUAUUAAAUACAUUAUUAAAAUUUUACGUGCAUCGGGUCAAGUUCCUCCAGGGGCAACAGCACGCCAAGGAAGGAGCAACCCAAGGGCAGCAUACCGCUGAGUACACUCCUGCGGAAGGGUGCGAUAUGAGCGAUACAAUGAGCCUCUCCGCGAGAGACACGGAAAGUAACACCAUGGGAGACAACCCCAACUUCUUCCCCUCAUUAAACCAUCAAGAGAAGGCAAAAAAACUAAAACUGAUCAAGUAUAAAAAAAGCUACUUCAAAAUUAUAGAGCAAAUAAGCAAAGUUUGGGUUGCUAUACAAGAAUUUUACGAUCUCAAUAAAGAGAACAUAGACGAUGCUGAUGGUGACUGCCCGGCCGAUGCCACGUAUCAGCAGAUUAACGACCUAUACAAUUACAGCAAGCGGUUUAUCAUGCAAAAUGGCCCCAUCAUUUCGUCAAUCUCAUGA